CUCUGGCAAAGCCUGCCGUGGCACCGUUUCGGCCGCAUUGCGCCGGGCAACGGCCGGGGCCCCGGCCCGUCCUUCCGUCACCGUCGCCUUUAUUCCGCGCUAGUCGCACGGCUCGCCAACGGCUCUCCUCCAGCGGCCGUUCCGCGCGGGCGUUUCGGCCGUGCCACGCAAGACAGCGAAUGCGAUGUAGAGCGUCAUGGCAAUCAGCAUAAAAUUUACAAAAUUUGACAACACACCAUGGGGCUUUCGUCUAGCUGGUGGCAGCGAUUUUCCGCAGCCGCUUACCGUUAUCAGAGUCUCGGAGGGAAGCCUGGCCGAAUGUAUGGGUCUGAAGGUCGGCGAUGUCGUCGUAAGAUUGAACGAUCAAUCGAUCAGCAGCUUGACUCACGGACAAGCGCAUGAAGCAUUAGUGCACGCCGGCAACAAUUUUGUUCUGGCUGUGCAAAGAGAGGAGGAGGCACGAAAGGCAGCCGAGGCGAUAUCGGAAGAGAACAUCGUCCCAUAUAAGAUCGCUCUUGCAGACUUACCGCCGGUCUUCCCAGAAGAGAUCUUACAGGGGGAGACAGUGAUCGAGCGGUACGAAGAGGUGAGUACCGUCGCCGAGCCGUUAUCCGCCGAAGACGAGGCCAGGGAAGAGGAGAAGAAGCUCGCGGAGGAGAAACCGGUGGACGCCAACAGCGAGAUCGUGCUCAACAAAAAUCUCACGGAUGACGAGAUCGCUCAGCUGAUCCUCGAGGAGGAGGAGCUCUUGUCUGACAAAGGAUUAUUAGGAGUAAACUUCAAAAAGUUAAGACCGCGAGCCUCGAUUCUGAAAGACUCGAAGGUUCUGGAGGAGCUGCAGCACAUCGCGAUAGCCGAGCCUGAGAGGGUGCAAGAGCUGAAGCACACCUCCACCUUCCUCCAGAAGCCACAGCGACCGGUGCCAAAGUUGAAGAACGAGUCGAAGGUUGAAGAGGACGAGGGGGAGACUUACAAGGUCGUGAUCAAGAAACAGGACAAGAAGACGGUAAUCGCGCGUCUCGUGGAGAAGGGUCUGCUGCCGCCAGGCUCGGAGGCGACCAUCGCCAGGACACCGGAACCGCCGGAACCCUCUGAGGUAAAGAUGCAUGAAACGGAGAAACUCGAAGAAAAUCGUCCCCCUGCCGUGUCCGAUUCAAAUUCCUCGUGUUCAACCUGCUCUCACGAUAACACCGACGCCCCAUUGUUGCCCGCACGUCCUCCGGAAUCCGAUUCGAACGAAUUUCUCACCUCUGACGAUCAACUGGCGCGUCAAGCGACAUAUAAAUGCAAAGCGGUCUUUCACGUCAAGUCGAAUCAUCCUCGAAGAUACAGUCCCGCCGGCAAAUACGACGAAAUCGCAGCGAGAUCGCCUUUUAAAGAUCGCUGUUUGGAGAACGUCCUUCGUGAUUACGCUCGUCCCUGCGUUCUUCGCGAUCGACAAGUCGACGAGUUCGAGGAGACUAAAUCGGGAAGCGUGCACUUCAGAAAAUAUGAUUUGCUAAAAAACAUUGGCCUCGAUGGCCUUUUGUCAAGCGAGACCAGAAAGAGGACGAGCAGAUGCGCGCGAGCACAUUACGCGGAGAGGAUUCUAUUUCGAAAUGUCAGCGCUGUCGCUAGACACUUUCGUUCAAAGCCGAAGAGGACUCGCGUCCUCGCCUCCAGAAUGAAGGGAAGAUAUUUAGCGACAUAUCUGAGACGCGAAAGCAUCCGGCUGAUGUCCUUGAUUACGACAUUGUUCCAGUUUUUGUUGCAGAGACCAGGCGUCUGCGAGUUGUCAAACUUGUCAAAGAUUCACGAGCGACGUUUGAGCUUCAAGGGUCGCUACCUUGAACACGUUCUUCAAAAGAAUGUCGCUCCUAUUCUCGAACACGUCCAGGAGACAUGCCUCGCUGAUGAUCAACUGAAGAUGACCGAGAUGAAAAAGGACAGGCCGAAAUCUACAAGAACGAAGGGACGUUACGUGGAGAAGUGUCUCCAUCGGCAGAAUCUGCGUCUGAGGUUCGCGUUGACGAGCCUUCUUGCUUACGUGAAGAGCAGCCUCGAUAAUCUCUUCAUCACCACCACAUCACCGAAAAUGAAACGCACGAUGAGAGGUCGAUACUUCGAACGGCUGGUUCGCAGAAAUCUCAAGAUUCUUAAACUGUUUGUGGAAUACGUUCGUUCCAGAAUCUCCGAAUGGCUCGCCGGGGAAGGUUUGUUGUGCAUAUCACAAAAUGAGCUUCUUGUCGUCACUUCCAAUUGCACUGUCGAUGAUGCGAUUCCAAGCGAACAGCAAACUGAUAAAGGCGCCUCGGACUCAAAGAUCUCCGAGUGGCACGAAAACGGUCCGUCCUGCCCGUUGCAAAAAGAAUCGCCCCUUGUCAUUAAUUCUUCCGACAAUCUGGACAAUCCGAACCAAGAAGAGAUUGCCGAAAGUGGUCACAAUAAUCCCGAAUGGAAUAGCAAUCCGGUCUCGUUCGAAGAAGUCGAUAAGUGUCCCGGCUCGGCCAAGCCUACGGACAUGAUCACAGAAGAGAAAGAGGAUGAUACUCUUUCAAAGUUCUUGCAGUCGGCCGAGGAUUACGUUUCCACCGAGGUCUUUCACCGUGGUAGCAGACGACUCUCAAAGUCGCGCAAAUCUGUCGAUAUCACCUCCAAAGAGGACGGAGAGGAUGAUAAGACACUCUCGAAAUUCCUACAAUCGGCCGAGGAUUACGUUUCCACCGAAGUCUUCCAUCGUGGUAGCAGACGACUCUCGAGAUCACGUAAAUCCAUCGACGUCAUCCCCAAAGAGGAUGAUAAGGCCUUUUCGAAAUUUCUGCAGUCGGCCGAGGAUUACGUUUCCACCGAAGUCUUCCAUCGUGGUAGCAGACGACUCUCGAGAUCACGUAAAUCCAUCGACGUCAUCNCCAAAGAGGAUGAUAAGGCACUUUCGAAAUUUCUACAGUCGGCCGAAGAUUACGUUUCCGCCGAGGUCUUCCAUCGUGGUAGCAGACGACUCUCGAGAUCGUUCAAGCGAGAAGAGCGGGGUGAGGAGGAUGUUCUGUCCAGUGUUCUCCGCUCGACCGGCGAUUACGUCUCGAGCGAGGUGUUCCAUCGCGGAAGCAGAAGAUUGUCAAGGUCGUCCAGGAGGGAAUCCGUUUCCCUCGGCAGUCCCGCUCUGUGGGGCGGUUUCAAGAGCAUGCACUUCAGCCUGCCUUGGUUCUCGUUCAAGGUCACUGAGAAGAGCACGGAGCGCGGCGGAGAAUGCGAGGAGAAGAUCGAUCCCGAAAUCGAGCGUGACAAUCGAAGAUUAUCAUUUGUACCGACGAUUCUCUAUCAGGGUAUCACGAACCGGAUCGGGAUCGAUUUCACGAGGCUGAUGGUUUACGCGUUCGUACCUUGUACUUCGAUUAUCCUUCUGUACAUGUAUAAUCAUCGUUAUCUAACGAAUAUCUGAUGACGUUUACGACAUGUUUCGAUGCUAAUAUAAGUAAGCAGACUCAGUUUUGAAUUCAUUUAGGAAUUCAUUUCGCGACAGUUUGUUAAUUCAAAUCGAUACAGUCUAACCCGUGAUUGUAUUUUGAUCUAAAUAGAUAUAUCGCUUGUCCCAAAAUGAUUCUAACUGACCUCAGAUUAUUGUUAUAUAUAUAUACCUACAUUUGUUCGAGAAACUUUUACAGAUAUCAUCGUGGACCUCUUUCACACCCGUAUAAAAAUGUCUCGUAAAUAAUGUACCCCUGAGUUUCCGUAUAAUCGUACGUUUUGUUUUUUGUUACUAGAAUAAGUGUUACCGGAGUGAAUCCACUGUAGAAUAAUCGGAAUGCAAAGGCAGCUAAUGUGACCAAUUCAAUACACAAACGAAAAUGUGAUUAACUUUUGCCUUUAGCGAUUCCUCAAUUGUGUGAAAUAUGUUAAUAUAAUUAAUUAAAUGUUGAAAUGAGUUAUUCGUA